UUAAGUAUCACCUGAUCGAUGCUUAAAUUAGCACUUGAAAUACUUUAGUGCUUUGUCACGCUGAAACGCAGUUUAUUUUGAUGUGUGAGGACUGCAGCUUUACAGGAACCCAUUUUCUUAUUCUAAGCUCUACACGGAACUGAAAAAGGUUACACCAGUAAUGCUAACCAGCUGUGCAGCUAGUGUCACCGGUGUUGUCGCUGACAGCCUGUCACUCACCUUGCUGCUGUAACUAUAAUCUUGUUAGUAGAUACAGAGUUGAAUGACAGUGGCUGUGUUGCCUGUGCGUUAGUGUUUUACUAAAAUUUCGUGGAGCUGAGACGCUGAAAAUGAGAGAAGGAGUGUGUGGCCUGUGAUUCAGCUCUUGUGUAGCCAUGGAGAAGCCGUGGAGGUUGUGGGGGGCAAUGGAGCGUUGCACCCUCACUCUGGUGUCCUGGUCCUGGGGUGCCUGUCGUGUCUCCCUUUUGGCCCUUAUCCUCACCUUCCAUCUAUAUGGAGGAUUUUUUCUCCUCGCUCUCAUCUUAGCAUCUGUGGCAGGCAUCCUCUACAAAUUUCAGGAUGUUCUCCUCUAUUUUCCUGACCAGCCUUCCUCCUCUCGCCUUUAUGUUCCCAUGCCAACAGGAAUCCCACAUGAGAAUGUGUAUAUUCGUACUAAGGACGGUGUCAAGCUCAACCUCAUCCUGCUUCGUUACACAGGAGGGGACACAUCUCCUGGAGUCACUGCUGGAAAUCAAAGCUGCCCCACUUCUUCUGCUCCCCCUACGAUCCUUUAUUUCCAUGGUAAUGCAGGUAAUAUUGGUCACAGGGUGCCAAACGCCCUGUUAAUGUUGGUCAAUCUGAAAGCUAACGUGGUGCUGGUGGACUACCGUGGUUAUGGAAAAAGUGAGGGUGAGCCCAGCGAGGAUGGGCUCUACCUUGAUGCCGAGGCCACGUUGGACUAUGUCAUGACCCGCCCUGAUCUAGACAAAACAAAGGUGGUACUCUUUGGUCGCUCACUAGGAGGUGCCGUGGCUGUUCGAUUGGCAUCAGUCAACCCUCAUAGAGUAGCAGCCAUUAUUGUUGAAAACACCUUCCUCAGCAUCCCCCAUAUGGCAGCAACGCUCUUCUCCUUCUUGCCCAUGCGCCUGCUCCCCUUGUGGUGCUAUAGGAAUAAGUUCCUGUCCUAUAGACAGGUGGCGCUGUGCCGCAUGCCUUCGCUGUUUGUGUCUGGUCUGUCUGAUCAGCUCAUCCCACCAGUUAUGAUGAAACAACUGUACGAGCUGUCUCCUGCACGGACUAAGCGCCUGGCUAUCUUUCCAGAGGGCACGCACAACGACACGUGGCAGUGUCAGGGCUAUUUUGCUGCUUUGGAGCAGUUCAUUAAAGACCUGCUGAAGAGCCAUGCCCACGAGGAGAGCGCUCAGCCUUCAGCUAGCGUCACCAUUAUCUAAAAAAGAAAAAAAAAAGUCAGGGACUGACUGUUCAUGGGCUUGAGUGGACUGAUUGGGAAAGCUUCACUGAUUAUUUGGAAGAAUGUACAUUUUUUUAAUCCUUUUGUGUGGGGUUUUAUUUUAUUUCACUCUUUUUACCUUUCUGUAAAUUUAACAUGUCAAAAUAUUUUCACUGUUUCAAGGUUCUAAGAGAGGGUAAGAAUGUCCUCCUGAGUUUGUUUGCAGAUAUGUAUGCAUGUAUUUUUGACAUUUUUUAACGAAUGAAGCCAGAUCAUACAUGUCACAACACAGAAGACUUUGCUCUAGUAAGUCUGCUCGAAUGAAUUAAAGUCAGUGAAACAGCUUCUCUUGUUACUGCGUCCAUAUAGGGGCCUAUGGUGUUUCAGUGAAAACUGAUUGUUACUGCAGUUAAAAUUUCAGUUCAUCUGAUAAACUGAGCUAGGCCUGAUAAUGCAGUCUAGGCCUUCAGUGUAAAUAUAUUUAAUUUUCUAAAUUGCACUUUUCUUUUUAAACUUACCCAAGUGUUUAAUUAUAUGAGCUAACAUCUUCUGAGCAAUACUUUGAGCAGUGUACUUUUUUCCUCUCCCUCUUUAAGCGUUAAUCUGAUGUAUGUGCAACAGAUUGGCAUAGAAGGAUAUUGUUGUGAUUACUGUCUAUACACAUACACCCUUUGAACUUUACUUUUAAAAGUAGCAGAAAGCUUCCUGUUGAAUAAUUAUAUUCAGCCACAAGUGUUUGCUGAGAUGAAGUGGUCAGGAAGAUGAAAUGACAUGUUUGAUACUUCUGCCUGUCAAAAAUAACUUAUGGACCUCUUAUUUCCUGUCUAGCUGCUUCUGUUUCAUUGUGAUUAAGAUAAUCUACACGCUGUUCUCCCUGGUUAAAAUGCAAUGCGCACACAAGAAAAGGUCUUUGUUUUUUAAUUGGGCUUUAGGGGUUAUUAUGCAACAUUGGCUUCUAUAGUUUAUGGUAAGAACCUUUUACAGCAAGUUACAUUAGUGUGUUAUAUAUCUGCACCGAAGGAGUCAUCGGUUGGUGUAAUGGUCUUGCCCCUGCUGACCGCUGGAACACAAUAGGGAAAAAUUACAUAGUUCUCAUUUUGUGCAAAAAAGUAUUCAGAAGAUUUGCAGAUAUGAGUCCUCAGUAGUCUAAGCAAGAGAAAUUUAGUGUGUAAUUUCCCAAAGUUAAUACUGCAAAUCAACAAGAAACUGCAGUCCAGCAAAUUCUAAUAGGGGGAUUUUGAGGGCAGAAAUUAACUUUUGAAGAUUAAUGAAAUUCUAAGAAUUAUUUUUUAACAAAGACUGAGGAAUGUGAACUUGCCCUAUACCUCUCACCCUUUAGUCACACCAUGUGAGAUUUCUGGGAGGCAUUACAGACAUGACGAAUGAUUACCAAGAAAGAUAGUUCCUAAAAAUUUACUGUACAGCAUUUGGCCAUUUGAAUACUGAAUUGAAAUCAUUUUAGGGAGCAAAAAACAAACCAAAACACAGAAACUGUUUUUUAAAGAAGAGGUGUAUUUAGGAAUGAGGUGUAAGCUUUUUUCUUAGCUUUUAUCAUCAGCAUUGUAAUUGUUAAUUGGAAGAUUCUGUCACCCCAUGCUUAUUUGCAAAACGGCUUUACUCACUUGGAGGGCUUUUAAUGAGCUAAUUAACCUUUCCUGCAUGUCUUCCAUGGGAUGGAGCGGAGCUCGACAAUUAAAACGCUAUUAUCAGCUCUUGCUUUCUAAAUGCAGCACGCGGCAGUGCAGUGGUAUCAAAGCCAUUUGAACAAGCUCAACAGAUCUCCUUAGCCAUAUUUAAUACUGUUUGAGACGUAUGCUAAACAAAAUCUGACAAUGCCAGAAGACCAAAUUUGUGCAUCACUGUAACUUGACAAAUGAUCGAAAUCCUACUAUGAAUGUAAAUGGUGGUCUUAAGUGAACAUGCUUUAUAGAAAUCGUAUAUUGCUGGUCUUUUCUUCCUUUUUCUUUGACUUAUUUUACUGGCGGCACUGAACAUUUUGGGACAUUUUUGUAUUAUAUCAAAUCCAUAUGCUGAGUUAAUGCACAUUGUGCAUACAACCAUGUGAGUAUACACUCUUUUGGCUCCACUAGCUUUGUUUUACACUUCUGCUGUGACUUAGAAUUGCACCAUCUCAUCAUUCGAGAGAAGAUUGCGGAACUUGUUGUCAUUCACUUGAUUUACCAUUUUGUAGCCUGGUAGGAAGCAAAUUUAAUAAUAAAUGGGAUAUUGAGUCUUCAUCCUAGCCAAAUGUGCUUUUACAGUCUAACACCCUGUGGAUGAAAACAAAUAAAAUUGAAUGUCUUUUAAGUUUUUAUAGAAAAUCAUUGGCCGAUCGGAUGCGACAGUGCACUGUGGGACUUUUUUUUUUUUCUUUAUGUGAAUCUAUUCGGAAGAAAUGCUGGCGAAAAUGUUGCCAUAACUCAGAAUUGGUAUGUUGCAUUUUAAAGCUGGCAUGUAAUAACAUCGAGUCUUGGCAAAUUUGUGUGGAAAUGAACAUGCACAGUCUCGACAUACUUUGUGUAUAUCUGCCACAACCGCUCCGCUUCUGUAUGCUCUGAAGAAAAACUGAUGAUUUAUUACUACAGACAAACAUCUGAAUGAGUCAUCUUUUGACUUCUGAGUACAGGGCGGUCAGUUUGAGCAAUUUUUUCCAUUUUCCAGUUGUUUCUUUACGAUUUUUAAACAAUGUCGACAACUUCUUUUGUAAGCACACAUUUUCACUUUCUAUUUUCUGUACUGUAACAUGCAAUAAAUUGAUACAUUAAAAUCUU